AACAUAAAAAUCAGAAGAAACAUAGCCCUGUGAUAUAAAUGAACCUACACAAUGACAUAAAGAAGCUAAACGCUGCUGCAAAUGAAAUUUCUGCCCUUGCAUGAAUGAAUCAAUGUCAAUAAUCCAGAUAAUUACCAUCAUUCAAUUACGUUUUGCUGAUAAUGCAGUGUCUGUACUUACUAAUUAAAUGUUUGCAUUGUGGUGGUACUAUUAAUAUUCUUCACUGAGUAAAUACUAGCUGCAGACUAAUCCUCUUAACAGAGCAUUCUCUAAAACAACACAAUGAAUUUUCUCCAUAAGCACAUGAAGGUGGGAUAUUUAGCUCAUCAUAUAUCGUCUCAACAUAAUCAGAUUUUAUUAAUUUGCCCAGUAUUUUAUUGAUUAAUGCACUGAUUUUUAUUUAAUCCUCUAAACAAAUAAAUUGGAAUUAGCUCCAAAGUCUGAAGUGUCUGCUGGAAAUCUCACUGUAAAGCUCUUUAAGGAAGCUUCACACUGACAGCUGACUUGUCCAAUGGUUGUCUGGAUCUGCUGGUUACCCAAUAGCAGCUCGGUGUGAGUUGCUGCUCUUCUCCCAUUGGUGAGAAGUGUCGGUCUGCCCCCUCGCUGCCGCUGAUGCCUUUCCUCUGGUCAAGGUUGCACUUGCAGUUCUACCAGUAGGACGCGACUGGAGCUCCUGAUCCUCAACUUCUCCCGCUUGUGUUUGCGCACCACUGAGGGAUCUCCCACUCCGGCAGAAGCAGCCAUGGAUGAGAUGGAGGAAGAGUUAAAAUGCCCCGUUUGCGGCUCCUUUUACCGGGAGCCCAUCAUCCUGCCGUGCUCCCACAACAUUUGCCUGGCUUGUGCCCGGAAUAUUCUUGUGCAGACCCCCGACGCCGAGUCUCCACAGAGCAGCCGAGCUUCGGGGUCCGGCGUCUCAGAUUAUGAUUAUCUGGAUUUGGAUAAAAUGAGUUUGUACAGCGAGGCGGACAGUGGCUAUGGCUCGUACGGGGGCUUUGUCAGCACCCCUACCACCCCUUGUCAGAAAUCACCAAACGGAGUUCGGGUUUUCCCCCCGACGGUCCCUCAGCCUCCACCGCAGCAGCACCACCACCUUCUACCGCAGCCGGGCUCCCUGCCUCCGAUCCCCCGCAACUCUUGCAUCACCUGUCCGCAGUGCCACCGCAGCCUCAUCCUGGACGACAGGGGACUCCGCGGGUUCCCCAAGAACCGGGUGCUGGAGGGGGUCGUGGACAGGUACCAGCAGAGCAAAGCGGCCGCGCUCAAGUGCCAGCUCUGCGAGAAGAGCCCGAAGGAGGCCACGGUGAUGUGCGAGCAGUGCGACGUCUUCUACUGCGACCCGUGCCGCCUGCGCUGCCACCCUCCGCGCGGUCCCCUCGCCAAGCAUCGACUGGUGCCGCCGGCGCAGGGACGGAUAAGCCGCCGCGCCAGUCCCCGCAAAAUCUCCACUUGCACGGAGCACGAACUGGAGAACCUGAGCAUGUACUGUGUACAGUGUAAGAUGCCCGUGUGCUAUCAGUGUUUGGAAGAGGGGAAACACGGCACGCACGAAGUCAAAGCUCUGGGCGCAAUGUGGAAACUGCACAAGGGCCAGCUCUCGCAGGCUCUCAACGGCCUGUCGGACCGAGCCACCGAGGCCAAGGAGUUCCUGGUGCAGCUGAGGAACAUGGUGCAGCACAUCCAGGAGAACGGAGUGGAGUUUGAGGCCUGCCUGGUGGCGCAGUGCGACGCCCUCAUCGACGCCUUGAACCGACGCAAGGCCCAGCUGCUGUCUCGAGUUAACAAAGAACACGAGCACAAGCUGAAGGUGGUGCGUGAUCAGAUCUCCCACUGUACGGUGAAGCUGCGUCAGACCACGGGGCUGAUGGAGUACUGCCUGGAGGUCAUCAAGGAGAACGACCCCAGCGGUUUCCUGCAGAUCUCCGACGCUCUGAUCCGGAGGGUCCACAUGACGGAGAGCCAGUGGGGGAAGGGAACUCUCACCCCGAGGAUGACCAGUGACUUUGACCUCACUUUGGACAGCGGGCCGCUCCUGCAGACCAUCCACCAGCUGGACUUUGUACAGAUGAAAGUCCCAGCUGCUCCCAUGCUCCAGCUGGAGGAAUGCUGCACUCAGAACAACAGCGCCACGUUGUCAUGGAAACAGCCGCCGCUCUCCACCAUCGCCGUGGACGGAUACAUCCUGGAGCUGGACGAUGGAAACGGGGGGCCGUUCAGGGAAGUGUACGUGGGGACGGAGACCAUCUGCACGGUGGACGGGCUCCACUUCAACAGCACGUACAAGUCCAGGGUGAAGGCCUUCAACGCCAGCGGAGUGGGCCAGUACAGCAAGACGCUGAUCAUGCAGACGUCUGAGACUGGACUCCCUCCAUGCGAUAUUCAGUCUAUAGGCACAGUUGCUUGGUUCACCUUUGACCCGGCCUCCGCUCACCCCGACAUCGUCUUCUCCAACGACAACCUGACGGUGUCGUGCAACAGCUACGACGACCGGGUGGUCAUGGGGAACACCGCCUUCUCCCGGGGCGUCCAUUACUGGGAGAUAACGGUGGAUCGCUACGACAACCACCCCGACCCGGCCUUCGGCAUCGCCCGCGGCGACGUCCUGAAGGACGUGAUGCUGGGGAAGGACGACAAGGCCUGGGCUAUGUACGUGGACAACAACCGCUCCUGGUUCAUGCACAACAACUCCCACACCAACAGGACGGAAGGUGGCAUCACUAAAGGAUCUACAAUAGGAGUCCUGCUGGACUUCAGCCGUCGUAUCCUCAUCUUCCUCAUCAACGACGAACAGCAGGGUCCGGUGGCGUUCGAAGGCUUGGAGGGCGCCUAUUACCCCGCUAUCAGCCUCAACCGAAACGUCCAGGUCACACUGCACACCGGCCUACCCAUCCCCGACUUCUACACCCCCGGGGAGGCAGAUCCAACCGGCUCCGUGUGCUAAAGACUCGCCAACGCUCAGUUUGGAUAAAACCUUGCGGCAAACAGUAACUCUGAUCUCACCCUCACUCUCUCCUCUCAAUCGCCUCCUCCUGACCGACUGACCCCCCCGAUCCUCGGUUAGAGGCCCUUAUCCAGCGCUGAGCCAUGCCUUUAUCAUGCCUAAACCUUGGACGCAUGGACCAUCGUCAGGACACUGUCAACACAGACAGUGCUUUGCCAUCUCUGCCCUGUAGUACAGUUAGUCAGAAAUCCUCUGCUCGUGGACUUCAUGGAAGCAGUAAUCAUCUGCUUUCUCAAUACUCAUCUCAUCUCAUCGCUCAACUCUCUAAUGCUGCCUUCAAACCAACUCGUGAGCUUUUGUGGUUACAACAUGGGAAGUUGUGUACACAAAAUGUUUGACGUUGAAGCGGUAGCGUUGGCAGUACACCGUGAAAGUUGUGGAAGCGAAACGACUUGGUAACCCAGUUGUAGGAAAUGCAAACAGAUGAUGAAAGGAUGAGGCUUUCGCACACCUGAAAUGAGAUUGUGUACUCGUACAAAUCCAUUUAAAAGCAGCAUGUGUGCAGGUUUUUAAACUAAAAGCAGCACUUAGCUUAACUGAGCAUAACAACCAGAAACGAGGCUAAAAGGGUUGAAUAAUCCAACGCUGCCUUUAAAUUAGCCCAAGGUUAUGACAUGAGAAGUCAUGUACACAACAUAUUUGCCAAUGAAAUGUAGUAACAUGUCCCGUAAGGCACGACAACACUGCUGCUAGGCUACCUUUAACAUCUGGAAGAUGAAGUUAGCAAGCUAACAGCUGGGAAACUAAUAAGUAAAGUUAAUGUAGGAAAGGAUAAGGCCACUAUGUUUAGUGACACUCUGAUUAGACAAAAUCCAAAAUUAAAAGAUUCUUCACAAAUAAAUAACAAUAUAUUAACUCACCAUCCACCUGUUAAUACCAAAAGAGGCUGCGGCUUUUCAUGAACAUGGUGAACACGAACCAAUUUGAAGGCAGCAUACUCUAAGUAUGAAGGCUAGCUAGUUAGCAUAACUGAGCUUAAAGAGUGGAAACAAGGGGGCGAAAGCUAACAUGUCCAAUGUUGCCUCUAAAUUAACUCGUGGUUACAACAUGAGAAGUCAUGUACACAAAAUGUUUGGUGGUAAAGCGUAGCAGCUGUUAGCAUCUGGAAGCCACAGAGGCUAACUGUUACAGCUACGUUAAUGAAGAAAAAGCCAAAGCGUAAUGAAGGAAUGAGGCUUUGGGUCUGAUUUAAAGGCAGCAUAGUGUAUGUGCUAAGUGCGAAGGCUUAAAACCAGCGGUUAGUUAGCUUAACUUAGCAUAAAGAGCGGAAACAUGGGCAGAAGCACGCUAGCACCUUCAAGUUCGACCUCUAAACUAUAAACUAUGAACGCUGUGGUUUAAUGAGCACAACAACACUGUGUUGUUUACAUUUAGACUUUUGUACAGAUUAGUCAUGACGUAACAUAUGCAGCUUUCAGAGGCACCAGGCUAGCCGCUUCUCCCAGUUUCACAUGUUUAUGCUAAGCUAAGGUAACCUAACCGGCUGCUACCGGUUUUAUAAUGAGUGUCCCGAAUCUUAUUCAAAUUCCAAACGUCUCCAUUCAUUUAAAACACCAGGGGGAGGGAAGAGAGGUCGUCUCGUCCGUUUAUGUUAAACUGUGUGAGGGUGAGCAGCAGCUGAGCCUGAUCGGUAUCAUAUCCUGCUCUGUAUAAAUGAGAAGCUUUUUUUUUAGUGGCUUAGCUCGUGUGAACCUUCUGUAUUGUUUGUAAAAACAACAAAAAAAAAUAAUAAAAUUCAGCGUCGACGUGUAAAAAGUUGCUGGAAGCGAGGCCUUCGUGAAGCCUUUCUCUGCAGUGCAGCUUUCGAAACGGGAGGAUUUUUUGGUUUAAUGUAUCAUAAAGAGUGAGUUAAAAUGGGUUCGAGGCGACGACGAUGAAGAUGUUUGAAUAAGGUGCUACAGCAGCUCGCUUAGUUCUGGCUUUUUCUUUCUUUUUUUACUGUAGGUGACUGGAUACUGGUAGUUUUGUAAAAUUGUUAUUGAAAUGGAUCUAUUGCAAAGAGUUGUAUAGCUAAAUAAGUUAUUGAUGUUCAGAGUUUUUCAACGAGAAUUCAUCAUUGUUUCUUUAGUGGAUGUAUAGUAAUUACAGUAAAGAAAGAAAACGCUUUUAAAAAAAAAUCUCGAGCUGCGGAGGCUUGUUUUAGUUUUAUUUCCUAUAAAAGCAAACAGGAGAGGUGACGAGACACGGGGAUGUUUUUAUUUUUGUUUGUUUGUUUGUUUUUGGCGGCAGCACAUUUGGACAACAGCUUCUUCAUGCUAACAUUAGCAACAUAGCACAAAGACAAGCUAACAUGUUUAUCAGGAACUUUAUUUUUUGUUUAAUAGAAUAAAUUAGUUUUAGCUCCAGUGUCAGCAUGCUAACAUUCGCUAAUUAGCACAAAACAAAAAGCUGAGGGCGACAAUUAGCUUGAUCCUAGGCCCGUGACACACCAGACCUGAGCAUCUGUGACCCUAGUUAUGGCAUCCUGCACCGCAGGCAGCGGUCAGACCCUUAAGGCAAAUGCGUAGAUUCAAUCUGCUUUCUUUAUGUGGGCAAACCAGUUCAUCACGAGCAGAAAACAAAACAACAAAGUUUAAAGGACUUUAUCUCCUCUGAACAUUCAAGCCGGUUCAGGAGGAGUCACGACAGUUUGUAGCUCCUCCUAGCUCUGUAGCCUAGCAGCUAAUAGUAGCUCUCACACUACAAAACGACAAAAGCUACAACUCAGUCGGUGUUGGGCGAUUUUUUUAGGGUGUGACUCAAGCGCCCGUGACGCCUUAUUGACGGGCCGGGUCUGGAAUAAGCAUCGACUGUAAAUAUACAACGUUAAAGUUAAAGCCGACUUCAUGCAACAAGUAGCAACAAGUCUAAGACGUCAGCUUGUAGCUUCACAUGGAAAGACUUGAUUGAAGAUGUGUUAGUGUGCACACGCCGAUAUAGUUUUCCUUUUUUGAUUGACAGGUGCAGACCACUGCCACCUGCUGCUAUUAAGAGUUAUGUGUUUUAGCUCACGUGUCAAUGACGCAGUCAGCAAAUGAUUUCUGGUAGAUCUUUGAGGUCGGUUUGGUGCGUCCGUAGCUUUAGCUCCAUCAGCUACAUCACAAACUCUAAAAUUACCAUAAACGUUAUAACCAACAUGUCUCUACAACAAAAAACUAAAACAACCAUUAAAGUAGGAUUCACCAUUAUUGGUUUAUACAUAUUUUCAUUGCCGUCUACCAAAGAGGUCGACCACCUGACACUGCCGUCCACGCUCUAAAAGAAAGAAUUAAUAAUGUUUCCACGCAGCCAUACUUUAACAUGUUUAACGGUUUACGUGAAGGAGCUGCUGCCCAAUCGAAGCUGCCUUUUAAAGUUUCCCCCGUGAAUCGGAGCCCGGAGACAUUCAACAUGUCGAGCAUACACAUAAGGUGCUAUCCUGUGUUUGAGCUUCAUGGGUGUGCCUUUACCUCCCCCUUUUUUUCUUCAAUAUACCUAAAAAUAUUUAUGAAACUUUGCUACAAACUAGAGUCAUUGCUUCAGCAGAGUCAACUGUAACAUCUGUGAUGCCCGACUUCACCUGCUGCUACAUAUUUUUCUAUCGUGAAAGGGCAGAAAUCAGCAAGAGUCACGUCUUGUAUGGAUUAAAAAACCACCACGGUAUUAAAGGAGGUCUAUUAUAUCCUUUUUUUUUUUCUCUCUCUCUCCCAUAGAUUGUAAAAUCAUAACGAAAAAGGCUGCACACGGUGAACUUGACCAUUUCUCCUAUGACAUGUGCAUGCGAAGUGAACCGAGCUGCUGCAGCGAGUUGCACGGCUGAACCCGAACUUUGAUCGCUGCAACGUUUAACUGGCUGUUUUUCGAGGUUGAGCCUUUUGUUCGGCUGUAAUUACGAAUCUGAAAAAAACAAAAAAGAAAAAAAAAAAACAGCCCAUUCAUUCAGCGGUGGGUCGCUGAGCAGACACAGCUUUCCUUUGACUCGCACACAGACGAGUGCAGCCGUUAUCAAAACAUUAUAUAACCCCGGAAAAACAACUAAGACGUGGGUUUAAUUCAGCAGAAGAGUUCAUUAAAGGGAUUUUCUGUUCAACGUGAGAUAAACAGUCUAAAAAAUAAAAAAUAAAUAAAUAAAAGUGUGAUUGUAACAUUUAUUAUUUCCAAAUCAGCCAAAUAACGAUGUUAAAAUAAAACCAGAGGAUGAUUUACGUUGAGCCUCGUCAGACUUUACAGACUGAAAGCACACAAUCGCUGGGCGACUCCGUGUGUUAUAUCUCCUAAUGUACAUACAUAUGUUCGUGUGACUGUGUGUGAGUGUGUGUGUGUGUGUGCGUGUGUGUGUGUAACCUGCAUUAUAACCUCAUUUAACUCCAAAGUGAUUCUUUUUUCGAUCCGAGGUGGAAUGUCAUCGUUAUUAUUUACUGUGAACCUGAAAUAUCUCCAUGGAGAGUUUUUAUGAAUUUAAGAUGAACAUUGUUUAUAUUAUUAUGAUUAUUAUUAUUACGAUUAUUAUGAUUAUUUUAACGCGCUUACUAUCAUUACUAUGAUUGUUCUGAUUCUGUGUCCAUCAUGACCAUGUUACUGCUAUAAUUAUGAUGAUUUCAACUAUAAUAUGAGCCUCUGUGUUUCCUGUAUGUGUGAAUAUUCAAUAAAAUAGGUGUCGAUAA